GCGAUCAUCAACGACGACGUGAGUCACGGCUCCGUUCCUCUCAGGGUCGUCGUUUUUAAAGUUUUGGAACUUCUCCAGAAAUCCCUCCCGUUAAGAUUCAGAAAAUUCGAACGGCGAAUUUCGCCAGUGAAUUUAUUUUCGCCGUGAAAACAUCGUAUCGUGUAUUUUCGCACCGGCGACGGCGAAAGAUUUCGCGGGAAAUGCUUUUUCUCCUCCAGUGACAACGGAACGACGCCACAUAUUCCGAAAAUGCUGUAUCCUAUCCAGCGCAGAACAAACAGUGGCAUUAAAUUCCGCUGUCAUCUGCUAAACGUGAAUAAAGCAGUAUGCGGCGGAAGAUACACAAUGUGACGUCUUCGCCGAGCAUGAAUAGUGGAGAUGGAGUUAACAGGCGGAUGUAAAUCAUGGCGAGAGAAAAAAACGAGAGAAAGACAGAGGGGGAAAGAAGGAAGGAUGAAUCGGACCAAUGAUGUCAAAGAAGACCUGUUGGAUUGGAUGACAGAAUAUAGGUCGCAUGGCCGCCCAUUCGAUCAGGAUUUGCGAGACGACACGCUCUUUCUUUAUGCAUCCCGCAUCGCUGAAAUUUUUCCGCUCCGGAAACGUCCGGAUGACGAAAUACACCUGCGUGCGCCCGCAAUGCAGCCGCGUUGCAUCUCGGAAGACAGAGCCAUAAAUAGAACACGGAGGUUACUGUGGACCGAGUUCAUCCAUGACCGGACCGGACGGGAAGUGCAACAUGGAUGCGAUGCCGCGGCCGGGAAGCCAGGAUGAAUCUACAAUUUAAUGCCUCCAGAUGACUCCGGUCGAUAAAUCGACCGUUCGAAGAUAAAAUAUAAAUGUUAGUGAACCCAAAAAAGAAAAGAAAAAAAGAAAGAAAGAACAAAUUCAAAAGACAGACAAAAGCAGCUUCGGGCUUGCACCGAUUCGUUGAAAAAGCAAUGCUUGAGAAGUGAUUAAUCUUCUUCGUUUCGACUUCUAUACCUGAGGAAUUGUACGUGCCUUUGAGAAAGUGAAAGAUGGCUAAGACGUGCUUGGAACACCCUGUAUAGCUAACAAGUCUAGGAUAGCCUGCGGUUUAAAACGGCAGAAACCUUGUUGCACUUUGAGAUUUCGCGUCGCGCCUGUGUUAGCGCUCUUUCUCUCUCUCUUUCUCUCCCACACCACCUUCCCUCUCUUCGGGAAUCGCGAUGCUCGCUUUGGAAGACCCUGAACUACGCUGAACGCUGAGGCAAGGAGUAUGGAAGCUAGAAGAAUAACAGGAGCAGCGUAUAAGGCGUCGUCUGAUGCGAUGCAUGAUGCAGAAGGAACGAGACGAAGUAGGAAAGAGCGAUAGAAGAAAAAGGAGAGCGAAGGACAAGAAGAAUGAGAGAGCAAAAGAAACGAGAGAGAGAGAGAGAGAGAGAGAGAGAGAAGCGAUAAGAUGGAGGGAGAGGAACACGUUAGCAGUGUGGCUCGUCCUUGGACUUAUAUAACGAGGAAGAGACCAACAGGGAGAGGAGAAAGAAAGAAAGAGAGAGGAGGCUUGCGAAAGAGAACAAAAUGCCGCAUGGAUGGUGUACUGCGGAUUAAAAAUGAAGGAUAAAGGGCGACGUUGGUGGAACGUGUAGCCUGCAAUCCUAUCCAGGACAAAGAAAUCCCGGAAUUUUAUGGAUCCUCUUAGAACGGUCGGCAGGUCAGAAAACUCAGAUGCACUUUUGUUUAUGCCCGCCUUUUCCGCUUUCCUGCCGUCCUUUUUUCUUUUCCUGGUAGUUUCGUUUCAAUCUCAGAAACCGCUGCUUUUCCACAAAUUCUCUUUAUCACGAAUAUCAAUAUAGAAUUCUUUUUUAAAUUCCGAACCUCUAUAUCUACGUCUCUUCCCACUUUUUAUAUAUCUCGACAAGUAUAUGAAAUAUCUUUUAGUAUUUCUCGGCAAACGUUUAGUCAAAUGCAUUCUUUUGCGAAUUUAAAAGCGACGGUUUUACCUUUUGUUUCCUCUCUUCCUAUUUCUCCAACAGAUUUUCGGUCGUGUAUUAAAAUUCAAGAAUGUUAAGUACGAAUGUCUCAACUGAUCUCGCGGAUUAUCCCAUAAGACGGACCGCCGUGCUCGAGCGCGAUGUCUUGAAAAGCGAGAGGAAAGUAACGAGGCGACGAGGUAUGCGAAGAAAAGAGCAGCGAGAAGAGAGAACGAGGCGGAGGAGUCGUGGCCGUGAUCUCGCGGGGACCGGAAUGAAUGCAGAAAGGUCAUCGGUUGGGUCGCACGCCACAUUCACCGCGCCAAACUUAGAAACGAGACGCUCCCGCGAAACGCAAUUUUACUUCGCGCGUAUUCACGACAUCAUCGCGCUUCCUUUCUCUCUCGCCUACCCAAAGAUCGAUAAUAAUUGCCGCUGUCCAAUACCCAAAUUAGGAUGACACCGAG